AUGGAGGAGAAGAAGAAGUUUGAUGAGCAUACCGUCCAGACUGGCGCGGAUGCUCCACCUGCAUAUGGUGACUCGAGUGCAACCAAAGCUGGCAUGGGUCAGCGAAUCUGGGACAGUUUCAAGAGAGAUCCCAAUCAUGUUAUUUCAGCCCAGAGAGGAGCAGGUGGUGAAGGCUUCGAUGUCGAGACUGCUGCGCACAACACUGCCCAUUCCCCGCUACAACGUCGUUUAAAGGGCCGUCAUCUGCAGAUGAUUGCUAUCGGUGGUUCUAUCGGUACCGGUCUCUUCGUCGGUUCCGGAUCUGUUUUGGCUGCUGGUGGUCCAGCCUCGGUUUUGAUUGCUUAUGUUUUGAUCGGCUGCAUGCUCUACUGCACAGUUCAUGCCCUAGGUGAAAUGGCCGUACUCUUCCCCGUUGCCGGUUCCUUCGCCCAUUACUCUACUCGUUUCGUGGAUCCUGCCUGGGGUUUCGCCAUGGGAUGGAACUAUGCGCUUCAGUGGCUCAUUGUCUUGCCUUUGGAAAUUGUCGCUGCGUCAAUCACGGUCGAUUAUUGGAGUCCAGGCGUUUCCAACGCUGCCUGGGUGACUAUCUUCUGGAUUUUGAUCGUUUCUAUCAACAUGUUCGGUGUCCGAGGAUACGGUGAAGCGGAAUUCGUCUUCUCUAUUAUCAAAGUCACUGCCGUUAUUGGUUUCAUUAUUCUUGGAAUCAUCAUCAACUGCGGUGGUGGCCCCGAGGGUGGUUACAUCGGUGCCGCUUACUGGUAUAACCCAGGUGCCUUCAACAACGGUUUCAAGGGUCUGUGCAGUGUCUUCGUCAACGCCGCCUUCGCCUUCGCUGGAACCGAGCUUGUCGGUCUUGCUGCCGCUGAGACCUCCAACCCUCGCAAGUCUCUCCCUACUGCCGUGAAGCAAGUCUUCUGGCGUAUCGCCCUCUUCUACAUCGUUUCCCUCACCCUCGUCGGUCUCUUGGUCAGGUACGACAACCCAAAACUGGUCAGCGGAUCUUCCUCUGCCGACGCCAAGGCCUCUCCAUUCGUCAUCGCCAUCGAAAACGCCGGUAUCAAGGUCCUGCCCUCGAUCAUGAACGUUGUCAUUAUGAUUGCAGUCCUUUCCGUCGGAAACUCCUCCGUCUACGGUUCCUCGCGUACUCUUGCUGCUCUCGCCGAGCAAGGCCAAGCCCCAAAGUUCUUGGCAUACAUCGAUCGCAAGGGUCGUCCCCUGCCUGCCAUUAUCGUCGCCUCCGCCCUUGGUUUGCUUUGCUAUCUCGCCGCCUCCGAUAAGCAGACUACUGCUUUCGCAUGGAUGAUGGCUAUCUCCGGUCUGUCCUCUAUCUUCACUUGGGGCUCCGUGUGCGGUGCCCACAUUCUGUUCCGCAAAGCUUGGAAACAGCAGGGUCACAGCUUGGAUGAGCUGGCUUUCCGCUCCCAGCCCGGUGUCAUUGGCUCCUGGAUCGGUUUGAUUUUCAACAUCCUUGUGUUGAUUGCCCAGUUCUGGGUUGGUUUCGCUCCUGUUGGAUAUGCCGAGAUGACCACCAGGGAGUUGGUGUACAACUUCUUCUCGGUCUACUUGGCCGCACCUGUGAUCAUUGCUUUCUACAUCCCUUAUAAGCUCUGGUACAAGACCAAAUUUGUUCGCACUUCCGAGGUGGAUUUGACCACCGGUCGUCGGGAACUUGACAUCCAGCACCUGAUUGAGCAGGAACGGGCUGAGCAGAAGCAAUGGCCUAAGUGGAAGAAAGCGUACAAGUUCUUCUGCUAA